ACCAGUCAGGUUGUUUGGGUUUGUGGAGGGCCGCGCCGAGGUCCUGAGAGGGCCUUUGGGGGCGUGAUCCGUUCGGGGGCGGGGCCGGGGCCGGGGCCGGGGCCCCCAGGGGCGUGGCUAGGCCUGGACCGCCGCAGGGGCCAUGUCCGCGCCGCCGCCCCUGCAGAUCCGCGAAGCGAACGCACACCUGGCGGCAGUGCACCGACGCGCCGUGGAGCUGGAGGCGCGGCUGGACGCGGCGGAGCGUACGGUGCGCGCCCAGGCUGAGCGCCUGGCCCGUCACGAUCAACAGCUGCGAGCCGCCCUGGAUGAGCUGGGCCGCACCAAGGACCGUGAGAUUGCCACACUCCAGGAGCAGCUGCUGACCUCUGAGGCCACUGUCCACAGCCUGCAGGCUGCUGUGCAACAGAGGGACAAGCUCAUCGGGCAGCUGCAGCCCCGGGCCGAGUUGCUGCAGGACAUCUGCCGCCGCCGGUCACCUCUGGCUGGACUGCUGGCAGCCCUGGCUGAGGCCGAACGCCUGGGGCCCCUGCCAGCCAGUAAUCCUGGCCACCCACUGUCUGGUGGGCCCAGUUCACCCCUUGCCAACAGCACUGGGGAGAAGGGGGACAGGGACCACCUACAGCCAGCAGUGUUUGGGACCACUGUGUGAGACCCGGAGCACAGAGUCCAGAAUGGAGACAGAGGGUCCCUGUGGGGACUUUUCCCACUGCUAUGGGUGUCCUCAGGGCCCCCUGAUGGGACCCCAUGGCAGAGCCAUAAUUCUUUUCAAGCUUCAGAGCCUGCUAAAAAAGUCAUAGGUCUCAAAUGGAAAGCAAGCAGGCCAAAUGUUUAGCCCAGUCAGAAUUUUUUUAAAACAAAACUUUGUACCAGUCACCUUUGUUGAAAAAUUGCCAACGUUUACACACAAAAAUUUCUGGCUUCAGACUUGGCCAUGCCUACCCGGAUCUGAGCCCAGAACACCCUCUUUAGCCAGAGUGUGAGCUUUAAUUAACUCCCUCCCCCCCUUAUCUGUCUUACUGCCAGAUGUCUGGCCCCCGAAGCAUCUGAGUUUGAGAGCUCUCUUUCUCUUGAGGCAGAUGGUAUCAAGUUCCACGUUAUUUGACUUUUUCUCCCCUGGCUCUGAUUUUCACUCCUCCUGAAGUAUCCCCCAUCCCAGACUAAAGCUUUUUCUUACUCUUCAUCCCAGACCAGAAUUAAGAGCUUCAAGCUUCAUGCCAUUUUGCAUUGGUUAUUUGAAGACCAAUUUUUAAUCCUAGGUACUUUUUUCCUAACUCCAUCCUUCCUUCAUCCUUUAACCCAGAAGGAAGAGCAUGCAUGUGGGACAUGCUAAGAUACUGGGUGCAGCCUGAGCUGCCCAGGAAAACUCAGGCCUCCCUUAACUUCUUCUUAAUAACGUCCUGCCUUGGGGCCUUCACAUUGGCUAUUCCCUCUGCCUAGAAUGUGCUUCCCUCAGAUGUCACAUGAUUGGUUCCUUGUCACUCAGGUCUUUGCUUAAAUAUCACCUCCUCAGAGAGAGGUCUUCCCUGACCACCUUUUCUAAAGUUAUUCCUCCCCACCCCCUGCCAUUACCCUGUUUAUUAUUAUUUUUCUUUAUGGAACUACCUACCAUCAGAAUGUAAGCUCUAUUCUAUAAGCAGGGUUUUUGUUCUGUCACCAGCACCUGGCACACCCUGAGACCCCAGUAGGAACAGGAUGGGUCUGUGGGCCCUGCAGGGAGCCAGAGAUUCCCAGCACUUCUGACAACCCCCAUCCCACCAGCCAGUCCAGCUUUUGUAGUAAGCCACUGACUCCUUUUUUAUAUUACCUAGAUAAUCUAUUUUUUAACUCAUUUCUAUGCUGCCCUUCUUGCCCGAGACAUUCAGGGUACUUUGCUUUUUAAUCAAACCAGGGAAACCCCGUGCCCUUCUCUGCCCAGUUGAAGUGCCCAGUCUGGUACCAUGGCAGCCUUGUUACUCAGGGAAUUGUCACACCAGGAACUGCAGAGGGCAGGACCCAUUUCAGCCUGGAAAGGUUGGUGCCCAGCCCCAGCUCUCAGGAUGGUGCCACCAGCCUGCCUGUCUGCCGUCCAACAGUGGCCCCCCAGUAUAGUAACAAUAGCUCGUUUUUUUCUCUGGAUGAGUAAGGAGGGGCUGUUUGUAUGAGGGAAGGCAGGCUGGGGCCUGUCUGAGUUCAACAAUAAACUG